AUGUCCGACCCCAUCACGCUGAACGUCGGGGGCAAGCUCUACACGACCUCCUUGGCAACCCUAACGAGCUUCCCCGACUCCAUGCUGGGCGCCAUGUUCAGCGGGAAGAUGUCCACUAAGAGGGACAGCCAGGGUAACUGCUUCAUUGACCGAGACGGCAAAGUGUUCCGCUACAUCCUCAACUUCCUGCGGACCUCGCAUCUGGACUUGCCCGAGGACUUCCAGGAGAUGGGCCUGCUCCGCAGGGAAGCCGACUUCUACCAGGUGCAGCCCCUGAUUGAGGCCCUGCAGGAGAAGGAAGUAGAGCUCUCCAAGGCAGAGAAGAAUGCCAUGCUCAACAUCACACUGAACCAGCGUGUGCAGACGGUCCACUUCACUGUGCGCGAGGCACCCCAGAUCUACAGCCUCUCUUCCUCCAGCAUGGAGGUCUUCAACGCCAACAUCUUCAGCACCUCUUGCCUCUUCCUCAAGCUCCUUGGCUCCAAGCUCUUCUACUGCUCCAAUGGCAAUCUCUCUUCCAUCACUGGUCACUUGCAAGAUCCCAACCACCUGACUCUGGACUGGGUGGCCAAUGUGGAGGGCCUGCCAGAAGAGGAAUACACCAAGCAGAACCUCAAGAGGCUAUGGGUGGUACCUGCUAACAAGCAGAUCAACAGCUUCCAGGUCUUUGUGGAGGAGGUGCUAAAAAUCGCCCUGAGUGAUGGCUUCUGUAUUGAUUCUUCUCACCCACAUGCCCUGGAUUUUAUGAACAAUAAGAUUAUUCGAUUAAUACGGUACAGGUAAAAGAACCCUAGCAACAUUGGAAGGGUGGGGUCCCAAGAAGUACCACGUCAGCCAAGAUCUCGGAAAGAGUCUCGCCGGUGAUGUGAGGCAGGGUACUAUGCUAAUAUGUAUUAAUCACGUUGCAGGACUUGAUUCCCCCCAUGAUGUAGUCCACCUUUUGGAAUCCACAUGUCCUCUGAACAGAGGAACCUUUUUCUUGCUGUUUUAAGCUGGAGAUGGGCAGUUUAUUAUGACAGUGAAGAGUCAGCUCACAUAUUCAGGGGAGGCCACAGGAGGACUUUCUGACUGAGGCAGGGGAGCAGUAGUUUUUUCAUGGUUUCCAUCUCUCUCUGGACCAUUAGCCAGUGCCUCACUUACCCAUCUGUAAAAACGGCCUCUGGCAGAAGGGAAGGGGUGAGAACAAGAGGGUCAUUUCAGUAUUCCAGGACACAAAGUACCCAGAGAUUCCCAUCACGCCCACUCCUCCAUCCCUGAGAUGCAUCGAGGACCCUGGACUUUUUGCUCAGGGGAUAACCAUGUUUGGUUCCUUGGAAAUGUGUUCUCAGGGUUAUGCCUGUGGCCCCUGUGAGGGAGAGAUUUGAACUGUAACAUGGCCUAGAGGACCAAGCACCAGGCAGGGUUCAGAAGGUAGGGCUGUCCCUCCUAACUGGGCCAUAUCUAGGCAUUUGGGGAUUUCUCACUUCAGAAAUGGUUUGAAAAUAUCUGGAAUCAGUGUGAUGAGAGGCACUUCAUAAUCUGGCCUGUUACCCGACUUGUAAUCUUUCCCCCUAAAAUGUGAGGUAUGAUUGAAACAGGUCAUAUAUAACAAAUAUAUUAUGGAAUCUCAGGGUUGGAAAAUAAUUCAGAAGUCACUGAGUCCUCCCCCAUCCCCAGCACACUGAUGAGCACCAUUUGGGGGUGAGUACCCCUCCCUGAGUACUUCCCAAGCAAUCACCUGUCCCUGUUCGCAUACUUCUGGUCAUAGGAAGUUUGCCAUCCCCAAAGCAGCCCCUGCCAUGGUUGAACAGUGUUUGCAUGUUAUAAAGUUCUGUAUUAAGCCAAAAUCUGUCCCCCUGCCACUUCUAUUUGCUGGUCUUGGUUCCAGGCCUUCCUUCACACCCUAUUGUGUGUCUUCUCCUUCAAAAUAGUCACCUUGAGGCCAGACACUUAUUCUGAAAAUAUUAUUACUCAGAAUUAGGCUUCCUCUUUGGGAUGUGUCUUCAGAACCAAGUUAGCUCCCUUCCAUCCCCUGUAAGCCAACCCCAUUUUGUUACGGCUUUGCCUCAUUUGUGACACCCAUUUCACCCAUCUUACUCACCAGCCAUGACUGCACAUACUUUUUGGCCAUCUUCUGUUGGAGGAUGAAGAUUUGA